AUGCCAAAAAGUUGGGAAACAGUUACCACAAUAUUAGAAAGUAUGCCUUCAAAGGAACUAACUAUGUAUAUAGCGAAAACAAGAUUGAGAUCAGAAGUAGAAAGAAGGGGUGUACUGAAAGAAACAGAUCUAGGAAGUACAAGUAAUAAUAUUCCAUCUGCAUUGGCAAAUAAUAAUACUACAGAUUUAUUUUACAAUUGUGGGAAACCAGGACAUUUAAAGAUGAAUUGUCAACAUCUACAAGGAAAUGGUUGCACUGACCAUAUGGUGAAUUAUAUUAAAUAUUUUAUUGAAUUUAUGUAUCUGAAAAAUCCUAUUAACAUAGCUCUAGCAAAGAAUAAUAACUAUAUGAAAGCAAUUGGAGUAGGAAAUAUAAAUGUUGAAGUAAAGUUAAUGGAAUGUGAUAACCAAGAGGGCUAUCAUGCACACCCCAUUCAAAUUCACCCCAAAGAUACAACUGUUGUUGCUUGA